UUUGUAUUUAUUUGGACCAAAAGCAAAAGAAGGAGGCCUACACCUAUGAUCUGACAUCCCCGCACGCAACCGAAAACAAACAAAUAAAUGCCUUUGUAGAAUCCACUCGCACAAGAACAGAAACUACUGCUCCACUUUCCUCUUUUUACACCACAAACAACAAUGGAACCACGAAAAAGAAUCCCCCUUACUCGGUUUCUCUUUCUUCCCUAUUUUCGUCUAUAAGUACCCCUCCAGCUAUCCACUUCCCCCAUCAAAAUCCCCUUCAAGAAACCUCUAAUAUCACCCACUUCCAGAAAAUUCUACGCGGAUUCCUUUGGUUUCGUUUCAUUUCUGAAUUGGAUCAGUUUUGGAUUUUCCCUUGUUUGAAUUCCUACUUACAAUCGAUGCCGCAGAAGGGAAUGAGGACUGUGUUCUUCAAAUCUCCACCUUCUUCUUCUUCUUCUUCUAUACCGGGCACGCCGUCGUCGUCUCACUCGUCUCGCCCCACUUUGUCGGAUUCUAUGGUGGAGGAGACAAUCGAAGUUGCAGAGUCGUUUGUGGCGAGGUGGAGACCUGAUCUUGUCGCUGCUGGUUCUUUGUUUCAAGGGGAUGACCGGGAGGAAGCUCGGCAGUUUAUUAAGGCGGUUAAGAAUUUACAUGCUGCCAUGCACUGCCUUGCUUCUCGGCAUUCGUCAUCGGAGAGGCUUGUGCGUGCUCACGAUUUGAUGAGGGUUGGCAUGGAGAGGCUUCAGAAAGAGUUUUACCGGAUUUUGUCUGUGAAUCGGGAGUAUUUGUAUCCGGAAUCGGUUUCCAGCGUCCAAUCGCCGAUGACGGUUUCGGCUAGGUCCAGUGUUUCUGAUUUUGAAGUGGAAUUGGAAGAUGAGUUCCGGUUUGCUAACGAAUCAAUUACUGAGGUCGAGCGAGUUUCGAUGUCGGCCAUGGCGGAUUUGAAAGCAAUUGCGGAUUGUAUGAUCUCCACUGGCUAUGGCAAAGAAUGCGUCAAGAUUUAUAAAACUGUGAGGAAAUCGAUUAUUGACGAGAGUCUCUACAACCUAGGGAUUGAGAAAUUGAGUUUUUCGAAAGUUCAGAAGAUGGAUUGGGAGGUUCUGGAGAUCAAAAUCAAAAUCUGGUUGAGAGGUGUGAAAACCGCAGUGAAAUCUUUGUUCGAAGGAGAGAGAAUCCUUUGCGAUCAUGUUUUCUCCGCUUCUGUUCCCAUUAGAGAAUCGUGCUUCGCUCAAAUUUCCAAGGACGGUGCGAUGAUUCUGUUUGAAUUCCCAGAAUUAGCUGCAAAAUACAAAAAAACUCCCGAGAAAAUUUUCAUUACCCUAGACCUUUACGAAGCCAUAGCCGACCUCUGGCCGGAGAUCAAUUAUAUUUUCUCAUCCACAGCAACAUCAAUGGUACAGUCACAAGCCAUCAAUUCACUGAUCAAACUCGGACAGAAUAUUCGCACAUUAAUCGCCGACUUCGAAAUGGCUAUUCAGAAAGAAUCAUCGAAAACGCCUGUUCCAAAAGGCGGAGUUCAUCCACUCACUCGCUACGUGAUGAACUACAUUUCGUUCCUCUCCGAUUACAGUGGAAUACUCAACGACAUUAUGACCGAUUCGCCUCUACCAACACAAUUAUCAAUGCCAGAAUCAUACUACGGAACGCCAAAACAAGAUGAUAAUCCGAUUACCUUACAUUUCGCUUGGUUGAUCCUCGUCCUCCUCUGCAAACUCGACGGCAAAGCAGAGCAUUACAACGACGUCGCUCUCUCGUACUUGUUCCUAGCGAACAAUCUCCGGUACAUCGUCGACAAAGUCCGCAACUCAAAUCUCAGAUUCCUCCUCGGCGACGAGUGGAUUGAGAGGCACGAAUCGAAGAUCAAACUCUACUCCUCCAAGUACAUGCGCAUUGGAUGGAGCGGAGUCUUCUCAUCGCUACCAACGGACGUUGUAGCAGAGAUCUCGCCGGAGGAUGCAAGAGAAUCAUUCAGAAAUUUCAACAGAGCUUUUGAAGAAACUUACAGAAAACAGACCUCCUGGAUCGUCCCCAAUCAAAAGCUUCGCGAUGAAUUAAAAAUCUCCUUGGCGAAGGAACUCGGGGCUUUAUACGGCGAGUUUUACGCGAGGAAUCGGGGUCGUGCGAGGCGAGUUUCCGGGUCGGAUCCAGUCGUCAGACUUUCCCCUGAUGAUUUGGGUAAUUACUUAUCGGAUCUUUUUUACGGAUCCGGAUCCGAAAGUGUAGGGAGCGCGUCCUCGAACUAUUCAUCGUCCCAUUCCUCGCCGUCUUCUCGAGGGAGAUUUGUCCGUUGAGACUAUGAUACAUUUAUUCAUGUACAUCAAAAUUCUUUCCAUUUUUACAAUAAAUGAGAAAUCAAAUAAUUGUGGUCCAUCCUUUUCCAA